AUGGGGACUACACGGACUACACACAAUCACUUUUUGGAUGGCGAACCAAGUCCCUUGUCCUCUCCGGUAGAAUGCUCUAUCUCAACAUCACCGGAGUCUGACCCUUACGGGGCAGGCCUCGAUGAAAGAUGUUCCCUGCCUGAUUAUGACCCUCUCCCAAGAUCUCCUUUACUGGAGAAUGAACAUGGAAUGGGGCCGUCUGGGUUGGAUCGGAUACGGCAACAAUUCCCCUCGCGAGUCAUGACCCUUCCGAACGUAUCAGCCUCGUCACUUGUCCCUUCGAAUUCGAAUUCGCAACAUCGUUCGCCUUCUCCACGCUCUAGCUCCACGUCGAGAGCCCACUCCACUCGUGCAAUGUCAUUCGAAAGUUCGGCCACGUUGGAGAACCUCCAUCGGUUUCCCUGCGAGUCGCUACACUCGUUCUCCUUUGCAAAGCAACCGGAGGAGCUUCUCCAUACCCGUCAGAAUAUCCUGAAACGGUCGAUCGAUUUUAUGCGCGGCCGCUUUGGCAGGUCCGUUAGCGGUGCGCAGACUGGCACGUGCGGGGAUACAGAGGGACAAUGUACGGUGGAUUCUUUCAUGUCACAAUCGGAUGUCUUGGGGGAAAGUGAGGAUUAUUCUGACACUGCUGGUUUAGCUCUCGGCCCAAUGACCGGGCCUCCGGACGUGAGCGGCAACAUAUUCGAGAAGGCUUUCAUGGACUAUGGAAACCCUCCGGAAGCGACUCAAAGCCAUGCAGCAAAUCAUAAGGUGACCCCAGAGAUGAGCCAUCCGUUGAGUCCGCUGCCGAAAGACCAUGUACCGCACCAAAAGAGGGACCCAAAGGCCGACGAUCCCUUGUCCAGGCACGUAAAACGUACAUAUACGGACGGUAGCUCUGCUGGUCCCCAGAGCAAGCCGAUGGAAACUUUAGCCCAAUCCACCACGGAUCCCAUGUCAGGGUCCGUCGGCUCCUCGAGUCUUGGUUUGGGAUUUCCAGUUCCGGCGUUGCAUACCCACAGCAGCAAAUGGAAUCCGGUCUCCCAGGCUGUCUUCCGGACUGACGCGCAGGCGCCAUGGACUAUAUUGGCUGCUAAUGAUCUCUCGUGUCUUGUAUUCGGUGUCACCCAAGCGGAACUCCGCAAGCUAAGUAUACUAGAAGUCGUACAAAAGGAUCGGCGGCAGUGGCUUGAGUCCAAGUUGGGAGAGCCUCGCACUGACGCUGCAGCAAAUCUUCGUUCUUCUUCCCCUACCUCGUCCGAUAGGACUCGUAUCAACCAGGUAAACUCCAAGUUCGUGGGAUCUGGUAAUGGCUCAACUGCCAAGCUGUUCAGUAAACCACCAUCCUCAAGAGGCGUAAGGAGAUCCCAGACGGACAACGGAUUCGGCUCCAGCACCCGCAUUCCUAGGGAUCCCUAUCAUCCAGCGACGAAAUCCCGCGGUGUUCUGCUAUGCGGCGAUGUGGUGCCCAUCCGGAAACGCAAUGGUACUCAGGGCUCAGCCAGCAUCUGGGUUAUGGAGAAGCGCGGGGGCUUGAUAUGGGUUCUGGAGGAGAUUACGGAGAACACCGCUUAUGUGGAUUGCGAUUCGUCAUGGAACGUCACAACUGCCCAAGGAGAUACGGAUAAGAUCUGGGGCCCUGAAGUGGUCCAACCCGGCAAACGGAUUGCAGAACUUCUUCCGCGUCUUCCCCAGGAAUGCCUCCAGGCGGCCACUGACCAGGCCAUAGCCAAGAUUUCCGAGCUGAAGUACUUUGCCGCCCGCAAUGCCGCCGGGUUCUGUAGUCCUGUGACUGUUGACAAGACGGACAACAGCGCACAGCGUCGUCUCCGGAUAUCUAGUUUUCCUCAUGUUGCUGGUAUGAUGGUGCUCUCUGCGUCGACAUUGAAGGUGAUCAGCUCGAAUUCGGUCUUCUCGGCUGCGUUGUUUGGUCAGGAACGUCCAGAAGGACUGCAUGUCACCGAUUUGCUUCCGGGGUUCGACCGCCUUUUGGACGUACUUAAUGAAGAGGACGAUGGGCCGUUGAUGGAUGGCAUGGUGAUUCCUGAACAGAGUCUCCGCAGGGCAAGGACGCUCGCUGCUUUACGGGAUGAGAAGACCAACGUGGCCUCGGUGUUUCUCGAGCCGGCUGGGCUAACCGCAACUCAUCGCGAUGGUUCGACUAUGGCAGUGGACGUGCAGUUGCGAGUCGUGAAGAGCGAGACGAUCUUUUCCAAGGAUGAGCAAGAGAAGAAGGUCAAUCAACAUGAUGGUAGUGAUGAUUCUGAUGCCGAGAGCGAUGACACGGUGGCUGCGACUGAACUUCUUUAUGCGUUAUGGGUGACCUAUUCGCGACAGGUCCAUUCGAUUGGUCCAGCGUCGAGUUUGCGGUCGUCCAAAGAACCAUCUCGCAAUACUACACCAGUCGUCGUGCCGGGGCCUACUGCCGCGACGACUACUCAGCCUGAGCCCUUGGGGACCAGUGAAAAGUCAUCGGUCGAGACGCAACUACCGUCGUCAACGCUUAGCCAACAGCUUCACGAGGCUGCAUCUGAGCCGCUCAAUGACAAGCCUGUCCAGCCCGUGAUCGAAGUGAAGUCGAAUGUCCCUGCUACAAAGGACAUCCCCGAGAAAAGGACAAUUGCGGACUAUAUGAUCCUCGAGGAGAUGGGCCAGGGUGCUUAUGGAGAAGUCAAGCUUACGUGUUUGAAGAAGAACCCGUCGAAGCGAGUUGUAUUGAAAUACGUCACGAAGAAGCGCAUUCUCGUCGACACAUGGACACGAGACCGGAAAUUGGGCACGGUUCCAUUGGAAAUUCAUGUGCUGGAUUUCCUCCGCCGCGAUGGUCUUCGACACCCUAACAUUGUGGAGAUGGAGGGAUUCUUCGAGGACGACAUCAAUUAUUAUAUCGAGAUGAAGCCACAUGGUCUGCCUGGAAUGGACCUGUUCGACUACAUUGAACUCAAGGCCAAUAUGGAUGAGACGGAGUGCCGCAACAUCUUCCGACAAGUGGUGGAUGCCAUUCAUCAUCUGCAUAUCAAGGCGCGCGUGGUGCACCGCGAUAUCAAGGAUGAAAACGUGAUCCUCGACGGCGAAGGAAGAAUCAAACUGAUUGACUUUGGAAGUGCCGCGUAUAUCAAGAAUGGACCCUUCGACGUCUUCGUGGGGACCAUCGACUACGCAGCCCCCGAAGUCCUUCAGGGCAAAUCCUACGGAGGAAAAGAGCAGGAUGUUUGGGCCCUUGGUAUCCUUUUGUAUACCAUUGUGUACAAGGAGAACCCAUUCUACAACAUUGACGAGAUCCUGGACCAUCCUCUUCGAAUUCCUUAUCUGCCAUUCUCGGAGGAUUGUAUCGAUUUGAUUCGGAAGAUGCUCGAUCGCGAUGUCGACAAUCGGUAUACCAUUACCGAGGUUAUGGAGCAUCCGUGGAUGGCCAGCGGUUGA